AUGUUCCCAGGCCUUCUCGACCUGCGCAUCGACCGUGCUGGUCAACGAGCUGGACCACGAGCGGCGAUCGACGCAUCGCCGCUGCACGAAAUGACGUUCAGUCGGCUCGGCCCACCACCCAUCAUCACGAGCACUCUUCCGGCCAUUCGCCCUCGUUCGCCCGGUCCCCUACCCAUUCUCCAGCUCACGCUUGACUCGUUUGUCGCCACCGGUCGCACCUAUGAUGUCUACCGGGCGACUGCUACUCUUCCGGACGGCACUGUCCAACGCAUCAUCGCCAAGCUCACCGAUGCGGUUAUCACCUCGCAUGCCCCCGAGGCUGUCCGGCGCGAAGCCACCGUGUAUACGACGCGCCUGGCCCAUCUCCAAGGCUCUACAGUUCCGCGAUUCUACGGCCUCUGGUCUGCAACUGCAAUUGAAAACGAGUACUGGAUGCUGCGUCCACGGCACUACCAGCUGACCGUCAUGCUCCUCGAAGACGUGGGCAACGACUUGGCCACCAAGCUGGACGCCGCCUGGUGGAUGCCAGCCAAACCUUACGCCUCAGCCAUCGAGAAGGCUUAUGGCUCGCUCCAUGCUGCCGGCGUUGUGCAUAUGGAUACAGAGUUGUGGAAUGUCUGCGCUCGAGGUGACGACACAACUACAGUGCGCCUCAUCGACUUUGAGACGUCCAAAGCAAACGGCGACGCCUGGUUUGACAGGGAGAUGGAGGCCGAGCAGAAGUGGGUCGCCGAGACGCUGCAAUUCAUGCGCACAUAUGGGUGA